CAUGGAACAAGAAAAUGUGGUAAUUACGGCGAUGCAGUGACUCUAGAAACAUUGAAAGAUUUCCAUAGGGAAAGGGUUCUGAUUCUAGCCAACUCUGGUGCUGAUCUAAUUGCAUUUGAGACAACACCAAAUAAGCUAGAGGCAAAGGCAUAUGCUGAACUUCUUGAGGAAGAAGCAAUAGAUAUUCCAGCAUGGUUUACUUUUGCUUCUAAAGAUGGAAUUAAUGUGGUGAGUGGUGAUUCCAUCUUUGAGUGUGCCUCUAUUGCUAAUGCAUGCAAGCAAGUUGUUGCUGUUGGAAUCAACUGCACACCACCUAGAUUUAUCCAGGGGUUGAUUUCAUAUGUAACUUAGCGAUCUUUGGUCAAU